CACUGAAAUUAAUGACGUUCAGAAUUGAUCGGUUAUAGAAAAAUGAUAAUAAAAACAUAAACAAUUCCCCAAAAUGACUGAUGUCGAUGAUUUUGGUCCUCUGGAAUCAGCAGACCCUGUUUCAAACGAUGAAUUGAGUAAAUUGAAACAGCAAGUGGCUACAUUAGAAGAUAGAGAAGCCACAUUGAAACAAGAAUUAGAAAAUGAAUUUGGUCAGAAGAGGGCAAAAUUUAAAGAUUUGUAUUUACAAAAAGAAGAGGAAUUAUGUACCAUCAAAAGUAAAUCAGCUGAGUAUCAAGAAACAAUCCAGAAAUUAGAAAAAGAAUUAGAGAAAGUUUCAGGAGAAUUGGAAGGGGUUAAAACAGCAGCAGCAUUAUCUGAAGUCAAUAAACAGGAAGUGAUUCAAUCUAUACAGAAACAAUGCCAACAAGAGAUAGCUUCUUUACAAGGUCUUCUAAAUGAAGCUGCAGAUGAAGCUACAACGUCUAUGGCAGCACGUUAUGAUAUAGAGAGAAGUAAAUUGGUUGAUUUAACAGGCAGAUAUGAAGAGGAGAUUCAGGAAUUAAGAAGUAGACUAGGACACGAAAGGACUAUCAGUACUGGAAGUGAGAGUUUUUUGACAUCUAUAUCUAAAUCAUUAAAACGUGUUGGUGGAAGUUUACCUAUGCCAGCAAGCCCCGGCUCUAUAAGCAAUACUAGUUUGGAACACAAUGAAAACCUUGAAGAUAGCAUGAAAAAGGCUAAAGAAGAUGCUGAAGUAUUAAAGUCAGUAGUUUUACCUCUAGAAAAAGAAAUAGCAUCAUUAAGAGAUCAAUUAGAACAGUCACAGAAAAAGCUUGCCGAAAUGCAGAACGGUGACAUAAUAAACGGUGAGGACAGGAAAUCUCCAUCUUUACCGGACCUGGAAGAUCUUUCUACGGGUGAAGACAAGGUCAACCAGUUAGUACGAUAUUUAAAGGCUGAGAAAGCAGCCAGGAAAGACCUGGAAAUGUUUGUCACUGUGUUAACCACACAGAAGAAUGUAUUAAAUGAAGAUACAGAAAAAGUCAGGAAGGAGUUAGAUGAAGUUUGUGCGUUACUUGAAGAAGAAAAGAGUAACCAUGAUUCACUAAAACAAACAUGGCAGAUGGCUAAUGACCAGUUUCUAGAAUCUCAGAGAUUAAUGAUGAUGGAUAUGAGAAGAAUUGAAGGAGUUCUGUCUCAAGAACAACAACGACAAAUUGCUGAACUACAGAAAUUAGAUUCUGAUAGAGAGGCUCAAGAGAAGAAAGUACGAGAAUUAGAAGAGGCCAGGGAAAAACAAGAAAAACAACAGGCUGAAAAACGACGCAAAAUAAGUGAAGAAAGAAAUAAAUUAACAGAUAUUAAUUUACAAAAAACGAAAGAUGGAUUAGAUAAGUCCAAAAGUCAAUCGAAGGCUUCCCUAGACUCAACUAACUCUGAUGAAGUUGAUUUGAUUGAUAGUGAGGUCCACCCAUCCUUGUCUACGUCAGAGUUGAGUUUAUUAUCAGAAGAUAAGUUUCUAGAUAGUGGUAUACACGAUACUCGGUCUCUGAGUGACCUUGACACUACCACUACCGUUAGAAUUAGUCCUGAUAAAGUUUUAAAUCUUCCUACACUUACUGAAGCACAAAUGAAAGCCAUUACAGAUCUGACCCCAGAAGUAGAAGCAAGGAAAUCUCUUUUAGCAGUAGCGAAAUCUAAAUCUGAUAAUCUCUCUCUAGAAGGCAAGAGAUUAGUUAGUGAGAGAGAGUGGAAAUUAUUACAACAAGAGAUGAAAACUUCAAGAGAGAAGCUUGGUCGUCCUUGUCAUAUGUGUACAAACUAUGAAGCUCAGUUACAAACUGUACAGACAGAAUUUAAAGAAGCUACAAGUGAAGCUCAGAAACUAGAUAGACAUUUAAAAUCUGAGAAGACAGCUUCUGAAAAUCAACAGAAAUAUAUAGCAGAGUUAGAGGAGGCUAUCAAAACUAAAGCUGAUGAAGUUUUUGGUCUGAUAUCCAGUCUACAGAAUAAAUUGAGUGAAAGUGAGAAGUAUUUAGUACAGACCAAACAACAAUCAGUUCAAUCUCAAUUACAGUUACAGGACCAAUUAAAAACACUAACAGAAUCAAGACAAGAAGUUCAAAAAGAGCUGAAUAAAUUACAAGAAGAAAAUGAAAGUUUAAUGGGGAAACAUUCUAAAACAGCUCAACAGUUACAGAAUGAAGAUAUUAAUUUACCUGAUAAUAUGGAGGAGAUGCAGUUAUUAUUAUUGAAAUAUAGAGAAGAGAUAAUAGCUGCUAAGGUGGCUAAAGAACAUCUAGAAGAUACACUCAGAUCAGAGAUAUUAUUUCUGAAAGACCAGGUUGUAUCUGAACAACAAGAGAAAAAUAAUAUAGAGGAAACAUUAACACAGGAAAUACAUGGCCUACAGGAAAAACAAGCAUGUUUUGAAAGUAUCCAAUCAGAAUUAGAAAGAGAAUCAGCCGUUAGAGCAGAGUUUGAAACUAAAUUCCGAGAAAAUGAACUAGCAUUGAAGAAUCUCCAAGCUAAAAAUAAACAAUUAAUAUCAGUUUUACAACAGAGAGUUGAGGAAUUUGAUAAAGCAAAGGUAAAAUUUGAAGAAGAAAGUCAGGCUAGUCGAAGUAAAAUACAAUCAUUACAAAUAGAUCUAGAUAAUAGUGAAGCUGUACAGAGAGAUUUUGUUAAGUUAUCACAGAGCUUGCAGAUCCAACUGGAGAAGAUUCGUCAAGCUGAAAAUGAAGUUAGAUGGCAACAUGAAGAUGAUGUUGAUGAAUGUAUGAAUUGUAAACAAGUAUUUUCUGUUACCAAAAGGAAGCAUCAUUGUAAACAUUGUGGUAAAAUAUUCUGUAAUGACUGUAUUACAAAAACUGUAGCCAGUGGUCGAAAUUUACGUGCAUCUAAAGUAUGUGAUGUUUGUCAUACCAUUUUAGUGAAGGAUGCCACUCCCUAUUUUUGUACAGAGCCACCUGCCUCGCCAGAUUAGCGGACUGAAAACACGGUUUUAGGACUCGACCAAAAACUCCCAGAUUUGGAGCUGAAAUUUGGGGAAAUAUUGGAGUAAAGAUAUUAAAGAAAUAACUACAAUUUAUAUUGAUUUACCUGAAUAUUAUGGAGUUAAAUAUAUCAGUUAUCUCUUAUAGAUUUUUUUUAUUAAUUUCUUCCUUUUAUUUU